GUAUAUUGCAGUAAACCACCUGGCUAGCUAUCUGGUUGGAAUUGGAUAAUAAUGCAGCUAAUAUAGUGUAAACUGKCCUGCUAGUUGCAUUGUCCUAUAUGUAGACUAUGUUAACUGGUUCAUCAGUCAAUAAGCUUACUGCAGGUCUGUCUUGUGAAUGUGUGACUGGGUUCAGAGUUCUCGCCACCAACGGAGCUUCCAUCACCUGUCAGCAGUGUCCACUAGAAAAACCGGCAGUAACAGAGGAUGGCUAUGGGUGUAUCCUCUGUCCGGGCAGUCUAACUGAGCAGGGAACCUGUCAGUGCCCGUCUGGGAGUAUACUGGUGGAGCGGGAUGUCCAGGGGAACCCUCUGGAAGAGGCCAGGUGUGAGGUGUGUAACGGAGCUGAACCUGCCCUCUCAGCCCCUGACAGCUACGGAGACAGGUGUCAGAGAUGCCAGUCUUUCACCUCAAUCAACACUUUCAGUCCU